AGUUGAAGAGGUGCUUCUGUUAGUAUAGCGAUACUCAAUAGUAACUUUAUUUGAUAACACGCUAAACAUACGCACUUGUCAAAAGUCAAAUUAAUAUACCUUAUUUUUGACAUUAUAUCAUUGUAAUUAAUUUAAACAUCACAAAUAAUAUGUUUAUUGACGGAAUUUGAUCAUCGGAUGUUGUUUUUUUUCCUCUUUGAUAAACCAUUGAGGAUUUUCUGUUAUUAAUAAAAAAUUAUGAGUGCAUUGAGUUUAGUUAUUCUACAGAUGGUGAUAACACCAUUUGCUGUAUCUCAAUUUUCGGAAUCUAGUUAUUCAAACUCAUUUGGAUAUGAUGCUUCAUCAUCAUGUAGCACACCGUUUACAAGAAGUGCAAAAGUAUAUUUUGAAAAACUUCCAUGUGAUUUUCAACGUCAAAAUUGGUGUACCGUAGCUGGAAAAUAUUACCCAUGGCAUGCUGUUAAACGAUUUGUCCAAGAAAAUCAAGGCUUAAUGAGACGGAUGUAUGGUGAUGAAAAACAUAUUAUUGUUCUGAAAAGUGAACUAGAAAAAAAUGAUAUUGACUUUGAAUUUGAUGAUCGAUACCAAAAAGACUUUAAUAGCGCUCGCGGCUUUUUACAUGACAAUGGUCACAAUCAUGAAGAAAAUGAUUAUCAAAUUCCUAGAUAUAAAAAUCAAGAGACUAAAUUUAUGGAGAAACUACCGAAGCUUCGUGAUUUCACAAAAUUGCAUCCGCAGUUUACCGUAACUCCCACCUAUACGUCUACUAAAAUAGUUUCGAAGGAAAACAUUUUUAAUAUAAGUUCAAAUCUUUCAACAAAAUUAUUUAAGGCUACAUUUAUGAAUAAAUCAACUGAAGAAUUACAAAAAAAUGACUCAAUUAAAACCAAUGAAAAUAAAAAAAAUGUAAAUUCAAAUGCGACAGUAUUAUUAUCAGAUUUAGCUCGAGUUCAAAAUUCUAGUGUGCACGAAACCUCAGAUCUUUCGUCAACAACAGAAAAUGAUUUAUUAAAUUUAACAACUAUCAACCCAUUCAGUACGGAAGCUACAGAAAAAGCAAUUUCGGAUCCUGAAAGCUUCCCUCAUACUUCAACGAUAAAAAGUGAUCAAAUUAUUCCGAUUACUGAGAGAAAUGAUAAAGACGAAAUAUUAACAAAUGAACAAAAUCAGCAAUCAUUUAAACCACAUCCAGAUGAUAAUUUAUCGGAAAAUAAACCUAACAAUCCGAAUAUAGAAGGUCAAUUAUUUCAGGAUGCAACAAAAGAACAAACUGAACGUCCAGUCCUCAAACUUCGGGGAAUAAAUGCAUGCCCAGUUAAAGAAGAAGUUGUUGCACCAUUUUGGGCAAAUAAUACACGUGGAGAAGUUUUAGCUCUUUUAAAUUUAUAUCCUUUCGAGCAAUAUGUUCAUUGGGAAAAAUGCACGCAUGAAAAAAAACAGAUGUAUUGCAGAGAAGGAUGCCGAUGUGAACAACAAUACAGACUUCAUCGUCUUCUAGCUUAUGAUCCAAACAAUGAAUGUCGAGGAAUUUUUAGCGACUGGUUCAAGUUUCCGAGUUGUUGCGUUUGCCGUUGUUAUGAUUUACCAAUUGAAUUUCGUGUAACUUCUCGUUCGCCUCGUGCACAAAGACAAAAAUUAAAUCUACGGAAAUCAGUGGAUUUAAUUUAAUAAUUAAUAAUUAUUAAAUUAAAUUUAACUUUAUUUUUUUUAGUAUUAACUGCAGGCUCAUACCUCGAGAUUUAAUGUGGGACCUAAACAGUUAAAACUAAAUAUUAAUGAUAGUAUUUUUACAAGGCUAGUGAUUUGAAUAAUUCUUUUUUUAUAUUAUUAUUUAUUACUAUGAUAUUAUAAAUAACUUAAUUGUUAAUUUUUUA